CCCACCAACAGAACUAAAGAAGAAGAAGAGAAACGCUCACGUGUUGUUGCUGUUAAUUUUAAGCUAACUUUUUUUUCCCCAGAACUGAUUUUCAUAAUUCUUCAUAUCAGUAAGAUGAGUUCUCUGUGUGACUGCUGCGGCGAGCAUAUUAAUAAACUGAAUCGGCAAAUUUCUGUGAUGAGAAAAGAAGUCAAGAACCUGAGGCAGAUGUUGGACAGUGCCGUUAGAGCUCAUCGCAAACAUAUGAUAUCCAUUCAGUCUGCUGUGGCAAAGGUUGGACUCUGUGAACCUGACAAGAACCAGACACCAGCACCGCCACAGUCUUCAUUAGAGCAAGGAAACAUCCAGACAGUCCCAAUUGGUUACAUCAGUUCCUGUUUCUCGGUGAAGAAUGGAACACCCAGACAGCCCACCAUUUGUGGCCCCUCAAGGGCUGAACUACGCAUCCAGCAGAGUGUUUUCAAUAACCCUGAGCACGCUCUGGUGGGCCUGGAGCAAUACUCCCAUGUCUGGAUCAUCUUUCUCUUUCAUAAAAAUGGGCACUUGAGCUACAGAGCCAAAGUGAAACCUCCCAGACUCAACGGUCAGAGAGUUGGUGUGUACUCAACACGCAGUCCCCACCGACCAAAUGCCUUGGGCCUAACUCUAGCUAGACUUGAUAAAAUUGUAGGUGAUACAAUACAUCUGUCAGACAUUGACAUGAUUGCUGGCACCCCAGUCCUGGACAUCAAACCCUUCAUCCCAGAGUACGACUCGCCCCGCACAAGGGUGGGCUCAGAGUCUCAUGAUUCAAACACAGACCAACCACAUACAACUACUGUGGUAGUAAAUGAGACAACAGAUAUUUUAAACCUUAAUGAAGACUCUGAUGCUCAGUCAGACCUAAAAAGUGAAAGAGAUGAUGAUGAUGAUAAUGAUAAUGAUGGUAACAUAGAAAGUCCCCUCUUAAGAGACAAUUCUGAACGUGAUAUUCCAGUCACAGAUUCACCUCAGUCAGUCACUGCUCAGUUUUCCCUCCCCAAAAACCUACACAAUGUGCUGGAGGAGGUCAAAGCCUACGUGUCCCAAAGGGACCUUUGCCUACUGAGUUGUGAGAGUGAAGAUCAAGUUUCAGAAUCUUCCAAAACCAAACCACCAGAGUCAAUGAUGAAGCAUCCUUCCUAUGGAGAGGAGGCCUACAGUACCAUUGCUGCCUGGAUCAGAGAGCCUCCUGUUGGCAGUCUGGAGGUGCGCUUUACCCCUCAAGCAGAGAGGGAGUUAGCAGACUUCUUUCCCACACAUCUGUCAGGACCCUAUGAAAGCGACAGACCCAGGUUCAAGUUUCUUCGCAGUUCAGAGGAGGCUGCUACUGCCAUCCGAGGGGUGCUGUCAGCAGACCCACGGUCUGUCUACAGGAGGACACGCUGCAGAGACAGACUAUUCUUCUUCACCCUGGACACGGCUCACAUAACCUGCUGGUUUGGACAAGGCUUUGCUGAGGUACUACAGAUCCGACCUGUUGAGCAACACAUUGCCUCAAUGUGAGAAAUCCUUUCAGUGAAAGCUUCAGAGCUAAAAACACAAAGACGGAACCUGUUAAAUGUCCAAGGUGAUGGUGAGGUACAUCCAUUUUGUCUAAGUAGAUUAAAUAAAUGAGUUUUGAAACAGAAAGGUUUUAAUUUUUUUGUGCUUUUUUUUUUUUUCGUGAACGGAAUCUACAAAUAUGCAGAAAUGAUAGAUGAUGUUUAUUUAGUCCAUUUCUUUCUCUUGGUCCAGUACAAAUAAUUAGAAAUUGGAGUUAUUGCACAAAUGUAAUACAUUUUCAAGUUCUUCUCAUUAAGUCUUAAAGGUGUCCACUUCUCACAUACAUCUUCAUGAUUAGAAAAAUGGUUUACACGUUAAUCUUUGGUUCUGUACAGGUUUAAAAGUUUCUUUAAUGUAUCAUCGUCAUAUCUUUCCUAAUUUAGAUGAGGUGACUGACCCUUUUACCAACUGAAUGAUCAUGAAAGAGUGGA